GAGUCACUCGGCUGAAUGGCAGCUCCCUCGACCAAUCAUCUGGGCAGAGAGGGGUCACUGGCCAAUGAAAGAUAGUGGGCGGGGUGGACCGGGCGGGGCUCAACCUGGGGCUGGAGUUGAGUCUCAGCGCGCCUACAGUUCUAGAAGCUUUUCCCAGCGCUCUGGCUGAGGUUGUCGCCUCGGGGUCUUGAUCGUGAUGGGGAAGAAAGUGAAAACUGGGAAGAAACUGUUGCUUCUGUUUACAUCGGCGAACCUGUGCUUCCUGGUGCUGGGCAGGAGCACAGUGUAUACUUCUAGUCCUGAAGUCCGAGUUCCUGAGCAUAGCCAAGUCAAGUUGGACUGCGCCUACUCUGGCUUCAGCUCCCCCCGUGUGGAGUGGAAGUUUGUCCACGGUGACACCACCAGACUUGUUUGCUAUAGUAACAAGAUCACAGCUUCCUAUGAGAACCGUGUAACCUUUUCACCCAGCGGCAUCACCUUCAGUACGGUGACCCGGGAGGACACUGGGACCUAUACGUGUAUGGUCUCUGAGGACAAUGGCAACAACUAUGGGGAGGUCCACAUCCAGCUCAUCGUGCUUGUGCCACCAUCCAAGCCCGCAGUCAACAUCCCCUCGUCUGCCACCAUUGGUACCAGGACGGUGCUGACCUGCUCUGAACAGGAUGGCUCUCCACCCUCUGAAUACUCCUGGUUCAAGGAUGGGGUCCUGAUGCCUGAGGAUCCCAAGAAUACCCGUGCCUUCAGCAAUUCUUCCUAUACCCUGGAUCACAAGACAGGGGAGCUGGUCUUCAGUCCUCUGACGGCUUCGGAUACUGGAGAGUAUACUUGUCAAGCACAGAAUGGGUAUGGGCAGCCUGCGAGGUCUGAAGCUGUCCGCAUGGAGGCUGUGGAGCCGAAUGUGGGAGGCAUCGUGGCAGCUGUCUUCAUCACCCUGAUCCUCCUUGGCCUCUUGGUUUUCGGUAUCUGGUUUGCCUACAGCCGAGGCUACUUUGAGCGAGCAAAGACAAAGACCUCAUCGUCGAGUAAGAAGGUGAUCUACAGCCAGCCCGCUGCCCGCAGUGAAGGGGAAUUCAAACAGACCUCCUCGUUCCUGGUGUGACCUGGGCUGGCUCAACUGUGUCUGAUGCCUGUGUUGCUCCAGAGCGACCAGCCUCUGGCCCUGACGUCUGUAGAUUCACAGGAUGCCUUGUUUUUCUAGACCCACAGGAUCCCCCUACUUUUAUCUUAGGAUGUAAUUUUAAUAACGUCAGCUUUGUACACCUUCCUCUUCACCACCUUUCCCCUCCUUCCUUACCGCUGCUGAGUGGUUUCCCUCCCCCUGCCCUGUGGGGAGAGCGGCCAGGAGCUUGGGUGCCUGCUGACGUCUCUUCUGAGUAGACAGCCUAAGUGGCGGGGCUCCCAGGAACCCGAAACCACUCACUACCUGGCCUGCCGUGGCCUUUGGAUAAAGAUCUUGAGUCCGGCCUCUGGCUUGAUGCUGCGUGGUGGGGACUGGUGCCAGCCGCUCUAGAUGGGGUGGUACAGAGCCGAGCCGCUGCAGUGGUGGUUUGGUUGUGAUAUCGUCUCUGGAGCCUGUUCACCCAUCUUCCCAAGAAAAGUGCCACUGAGACCCUCCUGCCCUGCCUUCCUGAACACAAGCAAACUAUGCCUACGAGGAAGUAGGGAAGCAGAGGAAAUUUUCAGGGAUGUGAAGCAGGACAUUUAAAACCACUGAUCUGAAGGAAAGAAAGCUGGAACAACUGGAUGGAGCCAUAGAAGAUAUCUGGAGGGCUGUGGGGAGUAUAUGAGAGGGAGUGAGAGUGAGUGUAUCUGUGUGUGUGCGUGCUUGCGUGGGUGCGUGCGCGGUGAUUGUGUGGAGUGGAGGGGCUACUUCACUCAAAUUCGUUGGAUGUUGCUGGAAAUAAAAACUUUGUUUGUCAGUG